GGGACGUAGCCAUCAUCUUGGCGGUCUUCGCCCCACCCGAGUGAGGCCAGAAUCUACAGAAUGUUUAGACCAACCGCGCUUACCAAGCUGUUCCUCCCCCGAGUGAGGAUUUCUAAGCGCUCUGCUCCAUGACACGAGCGGGAACCUGAGGCACAGGGCAGCGGCAUCUGUUGCGUGGAAGUCUUUGUUACUCUGUCCCUCGGCUCUUCUUCCCUCGACUCACUCUAGUCCAGUCCGAAAUACCCUUCCAUAGAUCUUCCCGGCUCUCGCCUCCCUGCCUUCCCCGUCCCUCGCUCCGGGAAGAACUUCCUCUCCUUCUUCUUCUUCUUUUUAUUUUUUUAACUCAAAUAUUCUUAUCCAUGUUCAUUCUCAUUUACGCCUCCGGUCCUGAGUUCACACACACUUCUCUUCUCCCCUCCGCUUCUUGCAGUCUCUUUGCUUUCACCCUCCCGCCUCUCUACCUUUGCUUUGGCACAAAUAAACCCUUAAGUUAGUGUCUGGGGGGCAACCUCAAGCAAGUGGUGUAUACCAUGUCUGGAUCAUACUUGAUUUUAUUCGGGACUGGGUAAGAGGCAGUUUGAAACUCCAUAAAGGGAGUUUGCUGACUUGGCUUCUAUUGAGUUCAGCCCUUAUCGUCGUGGUUUAAUCACUCAGCCUCUCCAAGCCAUUUUCUUUCCUCUGAAGAAGGAAGUGGAUUAGGCCAACCCUAAGGUCUUCCUUCUGAGCUCUAAAAUUCUUUGUCUCCUCAAACCAUUCACUGAACGGUAGCAUAGACACAGUCCUCUGACGAGUUGGGAACAAAGGAAUAAAAACAACCACGAAUGCAGUUCACGGGCCAUGCAGACGUGACGGAAAGUCAGGAUAAGAUGAAGAUAGUUCUUUCUGAAAUUUGAUUGAGUUUCAAACCAAGGUACUGGAUUCUCCAAGAUAAGAUUGAGUAUGUAACCGUGGAAAUGGCAUAAACUGCAUUAGCAUCCCACAACGUGAAGGCAUGGCAGUUCAGGAACACACAUGGACUUGUGGCACGUGGAAAUGUGUGCACAGAAAAAAGAAAUCUGUAGUUCUUUAAAAAAAAAAAAAUAGGAAGGUGUUCUUCGUCACCAAAAUGGGUACAUUCUGCUCAGUUAUCAAGUUUGAAAAUCUCCAAGAAUUAAAGAGACUUUGUCACUGGGGUCCCAUUAUAGCCCUUGGUGUUAUAGCAAUAUGCUCUACCAUGGCCAUGAUCGACUCUGUGUUGUGGUAUUGGCCCUUACAUACCACUGGAGGAAGUGUGAAUUUCAUCAUGUUGAUAAAUUGGACUGUCAUGAUUCUGUAUAAUUACUUCAAUGCCAUGUUCGCUGGUCCUGGCUUUGUCCCUCUGGGAUGGAAACCGGAAAAUUCUCAGGAUAGCAUGUACCUCCAGUAUUGUAAAGUCUGCCAAGCAUACAAGGCACCACGGUCACAUCACUGCAGAAAGUGUAACAGAUGUGUGAUGAAGAUGGACCAUCACUGUCCUUGGAUCAACAACUGCUGUGGUUAUCAAAAUCAUGCUUCCUUCACACUGUUUCUCCUUUUAGCACCACUGGGUUGUAUUCACGCUGCCUUUAUUUUUGUUAUGACGAUGUAUACACAGCUUUAUAAUCGGCUCUCCUUUGGGUGGAACACGGUAAAGAUUGAUAUGACUGCAGCCCGGAGAGAUCCUCUUCCAAUUAUCCCGUUUGGAUUAGCUGCAUUUGCUGCCACCUUGUUUGCCUUGGGAUUAGCUUUAGGAACAACCAUAGCUGUCGGGAUGUUGUUUUUCAUCCAGAUGAAAAUAAUUCUCAGAAACAAAACUUCUAUUGAAUCAUGGAUUGAAGAGAAGGCUAAAGACCGAAUUCAAUAUUAUCAGCUAAAUGAAGUCUUUGUUUUUCCUUAUGAUAUGGGAAGUAGAUGGAAGAACUUUAAACAGGUAUUUACGUGGUCAGGGGUCCCCAAAGGAGAUGGACUGGAUUGGCCAAUAAGAGAAGGCUGUCACCAGUACAGCUUAACAAUAGAACAGUUGAAACAAAAAGCAGAUAAAAGAGUCAGAAGUGUUCGGUAUAAAGUAAUAGAAGAUUACAGUGGUACCUGCUGUCCUUUGAAUAGAGGAAUCAAAACCUUCUUCACAAGCCCUUGCACUGAAGAGCCUCGGAUAAAGCUACAGAAAGGGGAGUUCAUCUUAGCCACAAGAGGGUUACGAUACUGGUUGUAUGGAGAUAAAAUUCUUGAUGAUUCCGUCACAGAAGGCGUUUCAAGAGUAAGAGGAUGGUUCCCUAGAAACUGUGUAGAAAAGUGCCCCUGUGAUGCGGAAACAGAUCAAGCACCAGAGGGCGAGAAGAAAAACAGAUAGCCACUUUUAAAGUAAAAUUACUCUAAGCCCCCUCCAUUACUUGAAAAUUGUACAUAUUACUAAAGAAUUAUGCAAUGAGCCUACUCUGGUUAAGGUGUUCUUUUCCUCAAAGGUGCCCUAGUGCCAUGAUCUAAUAUUUUUAUUACCAUUUUGAAAUGGAGAAGCCAUUCUGUACAUGCCUUUGAAUUCCUGCGCCUCUAUGCCACCUCUCCCUCUCCCCAAAAGGAAAAACACUUCACCCAAGUAAGUCGAUUGCAUUUUCUCUAGGAUAUUUUUAUGCACUGCACACAAUGGACCUCACCUGCAGAUAUAGUUCCCUGUUUGCCAGGAGCAUCUGCAUGUGAUGCUUUUAUCUUCUUUCCCCCUCAGCUGAAAUUUCUUAUGUAAUAUUCUAGAUGCUAUAGAACUUAAUUUAUCAGGUUCAAUGUAAGCUCAGAUUUUAUUACCUGUCUUUUAAUAAUGAAAAUUUUGUCAAAUCAAAUAAAGAUCAAUGGAUGUUCUGUA